UUUGUUUACUAGGCGAUGGAACGCCGUGUUCACUUUAGUUUCGUGAGAUCGAACCCACAUCCACACACGUGCUUAGAAAUGUGAGCAGUGGGUCAGGUUUCACUUUCAACUUUUAUAAAGCGGUUGCUCGUGUUCUCUCUGUGGAACUGGAAGGGGACCACCACAUUUUUAGGAUUUUUAGGUGUCCAUGUUUAGCUUGUGGACUGUCGACUUUCGCCUCUUGGUUCAGAUGCAUGCCAGUUGAAACAGUUAAAAUUGACUUUUUGGGAGUGUAUUCCAUUCAUAAAGGUUUGUUUGACAUGGCCAGGAAACCCUUUACCCCUGAGGAAGUGCGGAGUAUAGUAGAGCGCCUCAAGGAACCUGCUGUGUUCCACAAUAUGACCGCUGACUGGCCAGCAUUGCACUGGACAGCACAGCACCUUUCUCGGUGUAUGGGGAAAGAGGCUGUACUGUUUCGUAUCGGAAAAAGGAAGACACAUCAAACACCCCUUUUUGAAACCCAGUGUGCAUAUGUGGAGGCAACCCUUGGAGAGUUCCUUUCCUGGGCUGGUGGAGAGAGUGGCCCUUCAAUCGGGCCAUUCUCUGAUUAUCCCCUCUUUGACUUCUGGGCUUAUGCAGACUACAAGUAUAUUGCCAAGCUUUUCCACCACAAAGAAGCCAUGUUUAAGGAGGUGGUGUGGUCUGAUUUCGGGUACCCAGGUCGCAAUGGAGCAGCCAGCACACUAUGGGUUGGUGCCGAGGGGGCCAACACACCCUGCCACCUAGACACUUAUGGGUUUAAUCUGGUGUUCCAAGUGCAGGGCAGGAAACGUUGGCACCUCUUUCCCCCGGAAGACACCAGCUUUAUGUACCCUACACGCAUUCCUUAUGAGGAGUCCAGCAUCUUCAGCCAGGUCAAUGUGCCGCAGCCUGACCUGGACAGGUUCCCUGCCUUCAGAAGAGCCAGAGCCCAUGUGGUCACUCUGCAGCCUGGACAGGUGUUGUUGGUUCCCCGUCACUGGUGGCACUACGUGGAGUCUGUGGACUCUGUCACAGUCAGCAUCAACUCCUGGAUUGAGCUGGAGGAGGACAGCGAGGCGCGAGUGGGGGAGGCUCUCACCAAGACGCUGGUGUGCGCACUCAAGACUACCCCCAGUCACAGCAACAAUGACAACUGGCUCAACCCCACUGAGGACAGCGUGGCGUCUCAUGAUGAGAACAUGCAGUACCUGAGCCUCGCUGUGCAGGCUUGUGUAGACAAGAGUCGGACCGGAGACUCCGAUCAAGGCCAAGAUGGCUGCCGGUCCUUAAAGCGUGAUUCCAGUGGCGUUAUCAAGGCGAAUUCUAACCAGAAAGAGGAAAAGAAAAACCCUUGUUUUUCUCCCCCAUUCGGACCUCAUCUAGUCCCAGUACCUUUUGCUGGGCCAAGCCAUGUAAUAAAGGACAUAUGUCCCAAGGACAACAGUUUGUCCAGAGACCGUAAUCCUCCAUGUUCCCUCCACCUGGACUCCCAGUCAAGAACAGCUGGAGUGGCAAGUGACCCUACAGAGAGAGACCUCCACAGGAGGCAGGAGGCCUCUGGGUUGUUCGAACACCCCCAGGAAGAGGGUCUCCCUCAGGCUUCUCUCUGUACAAGUGACCUGCUAGAGUGCCUGGUGCACCCAGAUGUCAUGGCGCUGGUGAGCCAGCUACUGCUGGACAGGCAGCGAGAACUUGCCAGCAGCGUAACUGCUAAACAGUCCCAAGGGGUCGUCAUUUGAUAUGGGAACUUAAUGUUUUUGACAGUGUUGACACUAUGCAUAGUUCUGUAGAUGACUUCAUCUGCUCUACGUUCUUUUGUCUGUAGUAUGACAUCUGAUGUGGAACAGUUUUAUAGCACUUAUCUUGUUCAGUGCUCUGGUGAACAAAGUGUUGAUGUAAUGUUACUGCUUCUACAUGUUAUGAUUUCAGAAUGACCAUUAAAAGAAAUUCCAGUUGAU